CUUACCGAUCCCGACGAGUCAAAGGAACUUAUGGAUUCUUUUUAGCUAACUUCAAGUUGUUUAUUUGAAUUUAAAAAUGUUUUGGUACAGUAUUUUUUAUUUAGUUUUUUAAGUGUUGUAAGCUUAAGUUCUCUCAAAGGAGAAUCAAAGAAAUUAGCCCUUUAUUCUUGUCUUUGUGUAUUAGCUAAUCUCUAUUGUUUUUCUAUCUUUUUUUUUUCUUCUCUCUCUUAGCUCAUAUUUCUUUAAAGAUUUCUGAUUUUUUGGGUGUUUUACAGCUAAUGUAUACAUAGUGUUUAUGCUUGUUCAUUCAGCCAAGAAAGUCACUUUGCAGAUUGCAGUUCAAGAUCAUCUUUUUAUCAAAGAAAUAAGGUGUUUCUAUGUUGCUAAAGAAUCUCGUCUGACAGAUUGAUGGUUAUACCUGCAGAAAUAAGGAGUUUUGAUGUUGCUAAAGAAUCUCAUGGAGGACAAGCAGCUGAAUUUGGAUCAACCGUUUCUGUCAGUAAGACGAGCCUCUCCAACAGUGGCUUCUGGGAGUGAUGAGACAAAGAAGACUGAAUAUUCUCUCCCCUCCGUAACUCAUCCUCCUCGUUACAAAUCAGAACUGAAGUCAGGUCCAGUGAGGAAUCCAGGAGUUGUGCCAUUCCGCUGGGAACAGAGCCCUGGAAAACCCAAGUAUGAAAGCAAACGGCAAAUUCGUGCUACUGAGAAACCACCUAUUGCCCCGAGACUUCCCCCAGGGAGGAAGCUGAAAGAUAUCCAGGAUUCUGAUAAAGCUCAUGAAAGUCAAAAUGUUAGUGAAAGCCAAACAGGAAAUGCUCAACAUUUCACACCGAGUUGCAUGAAUUUGGAUGAAAAGGUGAAGAAGAUUGAGAGUAUUGACUGCUCAAAAGAUAUGAUACAGGAUAUGGAAAAAUGUGAUUCAGAAGAUGCUGAUGAAGUAUAUUUGGAUGCCUCCAAUACACUUUCAAGAACUGAAUCAUUCUUCGUGAAUUGUAGUGUAAGCGGCUUAAGUGGAUUAGACGAACCAGAAGCAAAACUAUCUGGUACUUCUUUAAGAGAUCCACAAGCUAGAGAUUUCAUGAUUGAUCGGUUUCUGCCAGCAGCCAAGGCCAUGGCUUCAGAAAAGUCUUUAGAAACGCCUCAGUAUGCUCCCAGGAAGCAACCAGCUGUUCAGGAGCAACCAAGACAACUCAAGAAAGUACUAAAUGGGGAUAAGAGGCCUCAGCUGCGCUAUGGACCUAGUUUUGCACUUCGUUAUUCCCAAUUCCAUGAUAACUAUGAAGAAGAAAGUGAUGAUGAUAGUUGUUAUGAUGGAAAUCUACCUACCAAAGUUUGUGGAUUAUUGCCUCGUUUUUGCUUGAAAAGUUCGUUUUGUCUGAUGAAUCCUAUACCUGGAAUGAGUGCUAGAACCAGAGUACCAAUGUCUCCUGCCAGUAGAACACAGACUGGAUCAUCAUCUACCGCUUCUUGCAGUGGAUCAGAGAAUGAGCAGUCCAAAUCUGAGUCAGUGGCCGGAUUUGUCACAGUUCAUGCGCAUGAGGACACAAAUGAUCGCUUUCAAGAAUUAUUUGAUUAUCAGAACAUUGCAGGUGAAGCGGAUUUAGCAGCUCCUCUGGCAGAGAAAACUCUGCAUGUAGAUAUUGUACAUAAGGUGGAAUCUCCAAUUAUGAAAUCACCUCCUAAAGCGGAGAGACCAUUUAACUUACAGGAUGAGAAUCAAGAUGUUCUUAAAAAGAUGGCAGAACAAAAGCCCUCUGUCGAUUCUUCACUUAGUUAUUUUCCACCAAUAUCAGCGGAAAAAUUGAACAAUGGAGGGGAAAUGAUGGCACUGACAGCUUCUGAACAAGCUCAUUACCAGGAUGCAGUCACCUCAGUGAAACGCAAAGAUGAUGUUAAACGAAGUACCAGAAAGCAAACAGUACGAAAAGAAAAGUUAGAAAACUCACGCGUAACACAUUCAAAGCUUCCUGCUCCCCCUCCUUUACCAAAAUCUCCAUCUGAUUCAUGGCUUUGCCGUACUUUGCCUUCACUGUCCACGAAAAAUCCAUCUUCAAGAUCAUAUGUUGGGACAGGAAUAAGUCCUAACAACCAAUCUUGUAAGCCACUAUGUAGUGAUCCCAAGUGGGAAACAAUUGUUAAAACAACAAAGGGACAUCAACAGCAUUUGCGAUAUACUGAGGAAAUGAUGACAUUGACACCUAUACCAGAAGCUCAAUAGAAGACAUAGAGGUUGUUUCCCAUGCUUUCCCCGCGUAAAUGAAAUAAGUUCCUCGGGUAAAACUAUCAAUACAACUGGUUGCAAGAUGAUUGAAAAUAUUCAGUUUUUGUCUGAUUUUACACUACCAAUUUCCAGUUUAUGAUGGGUUUAUAAAUGUAAGUUUUGUGCCCAAGUUCAUAUUCUGUUAUUUACACCAUGUGAUAGGAGUCUUUGUACAGGUGUUUAUAAGAGUAAACUUGAAGUCCCCUUAUAUAUGAGUUGAUUCAUAAUAAAAAAAGUUUUCUGGUUUUAUGCACA